CCCUUUUUCUUAAAAACAAAACGAUGACAUCAAUUUGGUAUCAUCAAUCAAUCGAGAGAGAUGUUGAGUUCAUCAGAUAUAGUGAAGAAGUUGAACUUGCAAGUUCAUGUAGAAGGUGGAUUUUUCAUUGAAACUUUCAGAGAUCAUUCAGUUUCUCUCUCCAAAUCCCAAUUACCCCCACAAUACAAGGUUGAUCGGGCUGUAAGCACAUCAAUUUACUUCUUGCUGCCGUCUGGGUGUGUGUCAAAACUUCACCGGAUUCCAUGUGCAGAAACCUGGCAUUUCUAUUUGGGGGAGCCUCUUACGAUAAUAGAGCUUAACGAGAACGAUGGAAGUAUCAAGUUAACAUGUCUUGGUCCAGAUUUGAUGGAGAAUCAGCAACCCCAGUACACGGUGCCACCUAAUGUCUGGUUCGGGUCCUUUCCAACCAAGGAUAUCUGCAUUUCCACCGAAGGUGUGGCAACUAAAGCCGCCCCAAGAGAUAACGAGAACCACUACUCUCUUGUCGGAUGUACGUGUGCACCUGCGUUCCAAUUCCAGGACUUCGAAUUGGCUAAGCGAAGUGAGCUUGUUUCGCACUUUCUGAAAUAUGAGUCUCUUAUUUCUUUCCUUACUUCUGAUGACUGAUCUUUUCAAAGACUGGUAUGAGAUCAGUUUUAUAAGUUCAGUGUUGUCUCUCUUGUUGUUAAUGCUGGAGAAAUGAGUUUGACCGUUGGAAAAUGGGUCUUGGUCCCUAUUCACAAAAAACAAAAAUCGGAUUUGGUUCCUAUCUCACAACCUUUUAAUAAAAGAUAAUUUGUCACAACUCACAACUUUUUGACUAUAAAAGAUCAUUUCUGACAAAAAAGUUCCUUUAUUUUUCUACAUAUAAUACUAUAACUAGUGUGUGGCCCGGGCGAUGCCCCGACUGCUACAUUGAAUAACGAAAGUUUUAGAUUUUUCUUGAGCUCAA